AUCAACUUGUUUGUAUAUCCAGAACUCUUUUGGACAAAAGGGUUAACUCACAUAAACCCCUCUCAAAAUAUAUAGAGGAUGGCAUGUUUGUCAAUGGACGGUUUUGUGGGGAAUGGAGCUUUGACGAGGGUGCUUCCAAAGCUGAUAGAAGAAGGUUGGGAUGAUGUACCCACCUUGAAGCUUAUGAAACCAGAGGAUAUGGAUGCAAUCAACAUGACUCAACAACAAAAGGAUGCACUGGAAAUGAGGUCAUACCUCCAUGAGUGUACUCUAAUUCAAUAUGGAGAUAAGCUUGAGUCCUCGGGAAAAUGUCUUUCCAAGCUUCUUGGGUUAAGCAUGGAUGAAAUUUCUUCUCAGUUUGGUAUGAAGAGAGGCCACAUCGCCCGUUUCAUGGAAAAAAGAACGGCUAAUUCUUCUGCACCAGAUCCUUUGCAACAGCCACUACAUGGUCACACUUCAGAAAGCGAGCUCAAUGAAACAAGCGAAGCGAGCAGCAGGAGAAGAUCGGUAGUAGAAGGUAACAAACUUCUUUUCAAAUAGAAUCGGUUCUUGAAUAAGAUGUCCUCCUACUAAGAGUGAUGCCUUGGGACCAGUAGCCAGGGAAAGGCAAGCUGCCUGCCUUAGAGAGCUACAAGUCCCAUUAAGGUAUGAGGUAGCUUGCUUAUAGUAGGAUUGGAACAAAGCGAGGAACAAGUGACCAUAAGCUCCGCUUAAGCACUCGACAUGCAGUUAGCUUAAAACAUGUUCGUCAUGUGGCCAAGCAAGACGCAGAACGGAGCCUUUGACCGUGGUAUACCCUUCAGUCUGCAGUUCUGUUCGCCCCUUUUCUCCCUUUAGGCUUUUCGUUAGUGGGAGCACGGUCAGUUUAGAACAUUUACAAUUCACGGUCAUUUCGGAAGGUUGACUAUCAGUUCAAUAAAAGGUUUGAUGAGUGGUCGAAUGGAAGGGUUUACAACUAGAGAUUGACGAAUAUCAAAGCCACUUCACUGAGGUGAACAUGAAGGGGCCUUGUAUGCCCAGUAUUCGGCUACUGUCACCUUUACUAACGACGACCUCAUGUUGAAAACAAUUGAACAGUCUUUAGUCAUCUAUUCAUCCAGGCGUAGCAUUAGGGGAAAUAGAUGAAGACGUUCCGCUGGUUGGGUAUUCUUAGUGAAGUAUGGGACCAAUUGGUUUAUUAAAAAUAUUUAAUUUGGUUUGGUAUUAGUUAUAAUAUAUAUCUAACUUUUGAAGGCGCAAUGGAUAUUUAAAAAUCUAUUUGGUGAUAACUAGGAUUUUGAUCAAAAGUUCAAGAUAAAACAAUAGUUUAUUGGUAUUGUUAUACUUGCUAGAGUGCAACGGCUGAUGGUUAUUCUUCAGUGUAGCAGCCGUGAUUAUCAAUUGGGUGAGAUAGUGCUUUUCAGAUCAAAAAGUCAAUUUGGUGGGUUUGUUCUCAAAGUAUAGCUUGUUGUGUUCAUGCUAGUGCUGUGAUUGAUUAUUUGGAAUUAGCCGCAGCUUGUUCAAGUUAUUGUGUGGGCUGGUUUGAUUCGUUAUUUUGGAUCUUCUUCAACUCUAUUUCAAAAACUUUUUUUCAUCUAUUUGGUGAGAUCUUUCAUUUUGAUUAUUUUUGUAAUUAUUUGGAGUUCACCUAAGAGUGGUUUGUGAGACUAUUCAUAUCUCGUUUGUAAUCGUUUGAAAACUUUUAGUUGAUUAUGGAAUUAGAUUUCGGUC